UGCUCUUGUAUCUAUCUUAUCGCGGAUUAGAUUUUGGUUUAAGAAAAAAAAAUAAAAAGACAUAUAUAUAUAUAUAUAUAUAUAUAUAUAUAUUUUCUCAAAUCUAAGCGUUAUACUUUGAGAUUAUGGAAAGAACUGUGCGUCAGGUUAUUCUGACCCUGGCCUUGGGGAUGGGUUUGGCGUUUUGCGAGCCGCCGGUAAGCAGCCAGUACGGUGUGCCGGGAAAUUUUGAUGGUCAAGGCAGCCAUGGGGUUGGUGGUGGUCAUGGGGGUGCGGGAACCGUGACGAACAGCUACGGGGCUCCGUUAAAUGGAGGAGGACACGACGCCCACCAGGAUUACAUCGACAGUCAGCCGAAAUCGUACGAGUUUGGUUACGCGGUGAAGGACGCGGCUUCCGGAAAUGAUUUCGGACGUCGUGAGACCAGCGACGGUGAAACGGUGCGGGGUGAAUAUCGAGUCCAACUUCCGGACGGGCGUACUCAGAUCGUAACUUACACGGCUGAUUGGAGAACUGGAUUUCACGCUGAUGUAAGGUACGAGGGUGUCGCCUCGUAUCCCGAUCAGUACAACAACAAUAACAACAACAACAACAACAACAACUACAACAACAACUACAACAACAACAACGGAUACAACGAUCUGAACGCGAAUAGUCUCGAUACCGGAUACAACGGAGCUGGUAAUUACAACGGAGGUAACAACGGAGCAUACAACGGGAACAACAAUUAUCACGGCAGCAACGGGAAUUAUAACACAGGCGUUGGUGUCAGCGGUGUCAACAACAAUUACGCCAACGGUCACAACAACAAUUACAACGACAACAACUACGAUGGAAACAGUUUGAACGGCGGUUACAACUAUAACGCGGGAUAUUCGAGCAACGUUAAUAAUAAUUUCGGUUCGAAAUCCCCGGUCUCAUCAUACGGAACGCCAGCGUUUCACUGACGGAAUACAACGAAUGUAAAAACCGUUUAACAAAUUAAGUGGAGAAAAAAAAAAUAUAUAUUUAUCGAUCAA